AUGGCUUGGGAAGACGAAUCAGACUUCGCAUGGGGAAAUGUACUUUCACAGGACGAAAUUGUAGGAGGUUCAAAGCGGCGAAGAUCAGAGAAAGCCAUAAUCAAGUACUCGUAAGUACAGUACAUCAACAUGAGUACACUACAGCACACUGUGUGACACUGUACACACUAGCUUGUAUCCUGGUACUAUAAACUAUUAGUGCUACUGCAGCUGUAUCAAAUAUAUUGCUCCUUUAUGCAACCUCCUUAUUUUACUCUGGCCAGGGCAGGGGCCCAUGCAGGGACAUAUGACAUGCGAACUGAAAAUUUAUAAAUUAACAAUGUCUUAACUAUUAAUAAUAAUUAAUCUCUCUUACAAUAUUGUACCCUUUGUAACACAAGUAUUGUUGCUGCUUGAAAACAUUGGUAUGUCACUUUUGAAAUAUUGUCAUUAUUUUCCUCCAUGAUAAAUUUGUGGGUUGUACCUGAAUCCUGUCAUCCUGAUAAAUUUGUGGGUUGUACUGAGGUUGUACCUCAUUGGAUCAUAACUGGACCGGACGACAAGCCUUGUGUUAUGUUGUACAUAGACAUUUGUUAAGAUUUGCCUGACUGAAAAGUUUGGAAAUUGCGCGCCGGAGAUUUCGAAAAUUUAAUAGUAAAUAAUAUUAUAUAGAAAGCAUCAAAAUUGCGUGCCGGAGAUAUCCGCUGCGCGAUACAAACUUAACACACUGGAAGAUUUGUAUAUAUACUUCUGAUGUUUUUGCACCUUUGUUUCUUUGUUGUGUUUUAUGUAUGGACAUUCAAUUGAAAUCAUAUUAAAGAACCUGAGUGUUUUUGCUAGAGACUGUUUUGUUGGACUAUCUUCAUGUAAUUUUCAAGAUAUGUCCCACUGUAUCAAGCGGCCAACAAUAUUAGUAAGCUGUCAUUUAGCAAAGACCGGAGAAUGUUAAACUUAAAUAUAUCUUAUAUAAUUUUAUAAAUAGUUUUAAAAUUCUUUUCUGUAUACUUUUUUGCACACCCCUCAUGGAAAUCAGCUUUGGUUGACGGGGUCAGCGUGUUUAAAUAAAGUUUUCUAUCUUAUCUAUAAAUUCUGCUUAGGCCAAAAAAUAUCAUAUGCAGGGCUGAAAAUAAAUAUUUGACUGGACAGGACAUUUGUCCAAUCACUUUAAUUCUGGUUGGACAUAACUUGAUUUUGGUCGGACAAAAACCAACACCACUAAAUUUGGUCGGAUAUAUAUACGUCACAAGAUAUAUAUAAGUCACGAGACAAGUAUGUAUAGCCAUUCUGGCCCAACGUUAAGUAGAAUGCCUCGUAAAUUUUAUUGCAAAAUGCAAAUUGACUGAAUUUGCAAUCGGAUUUUGUCACAGCAAAAGAAGGUAUGUGACAAUUUUUUUUUGUGAUCUGACCAAUGUCCGAUCGAAAUUACUUUUGCUCGAACAUUUGCCAAAUUUAGUCGGACAUUGCAGCCCUGAUAUGUGGGUUUCCUAUUUCUUCUUUUGGUUUUAACUUUAUUUUAAAACUUAUUUUAAUUUUCCUAACAACUGGAUGCCAUGUUUGUUUAGUUGGUGCUUCCACAUUCAAAGAUAAAUUUCCCUAAUAUUGCCUCAAAUUUUCCAACGUUUUCAUCUACGUGGAAACUCUUUCAAGCAUGAUCCAAAAAAAAAGUUUAGGGUCGGGAUUUUGGUGACCAUAACCUAGAUAGGGUCGGGAAACUGGAAACCCCCAUAUUUUUUUGGGCCUUAGUGCUGUGCAAACUCAGCAGCACUAUAUAUGUGAGUGGUUACUUAAUUUGUCUCAGAAAUAAUUGUCUAGAAAUAAUUUACAAUAUUAUGCCAAGUUACCAAUCAUAAUUGUGAGCCAUAUGGUGCACUCUUUAAAGAACUCACAAAGUUUGUACUACUGUUACCUAGUAUGUUAAACAGCCCCUAUCACAGUGUUUAUAACAGUACAGUACCUACUAACAGUACCUACAACCUAGAUCAGUUCUGAUUGAUGCAACUUUUUGAACCAUUUAUCUCUUUAUUUAUUACCAAUUAAAUUGUUGUUGUCUGAAUAUAGAAGUCUGACCCACCAUGUCGAGUUUUCUCUUUUCACAUGUGCCCAUAGUGAGAAUCAGAGGUGAAAGGCGCUUGCUCUAACGACUGUACCACUGAAACCCCUUGCAAUAUACCAUCAAUGAUAAUAUUCAACAAAAAAACUGCAUUUGCUCACUCAUGAGAUUUGUCGAAUUGAUGAUAUCAUCAACUAUACUCAGAUAUACUUUUUUGAUGACAUCAUGAAUCAACUAACAAUAAGUCAUCAUUUUAACAUUCAGCAAAACCUGUAAAUAAUGUAAUUAAUGUACCCUUAAAUACAAUAAAACGGUAAAAAUUGUUUUAAAAUUUCAUAAGAAGUAACUAUAAAUAACAAUUAAUAAGAAAUUAUAAUAAUUAAUAAAAAUAAAAUAAAAAUUUCACAUUAUGAAGAAAAUCGGACGCUGUAAAAUGUGUUGCUACUCUAUUCCAUUCUAAUAUAUUCCAUUACAGAUCAUGCUAUGUCAACAAAGAAUUAAUAUCAAUUGGAGACGACGUCAUUAUUGAUAUAGAAGGCGAGAAGGAGGAGGCUGUAGGUAGAAUACAAGACUUGUAUAAUGACAAUUCUCAAGACGAACCUUGUAGAGCUGUCAUUCAUUGGUAUUUUAAAAAACAUGAACUACCCUCGAGAGUACAAGAUAAAAUUGGCAGUUUUCUGUCGGAACAAUACGAAUUAUUCUGGCGUGUGGACAAUGAAAAAAAAUUACGAAUAUGCAUUGAUGACAUUGAUGCUGAGACCAUUCGAACAAAAUGUCUUGUGAUUAUCUUGCCAUCAUCGACACGUCAUCGUAAGAACACCGGGAAAUAUUUUAUUCGUUUUGGUUUUACGACUGAUAACAAGUUAAUUUCAGACAGAGAACUUUUAAUUCAAUUUAAUCAUGCAGUUGGGAAAAGGACUCCCUCGAAGGAAACACCAAAAAAGUCAGCAAUAAAAACAAGUCAAG